CUGAGAUGUUGGUGAUGCUACUCACACGCUGGAUGUGCAUCUUGCUGGGGAGGAGCAGUGUCCUCUUGCUCCUGGAGGUCCCUCUUCAGGGCAGAGCUUUGCCGCCCGUCCGGUACUCGCACGCUGGGAUAUGCCCCAACGACAUGAACCCCAACCUGUGGGUCGAUGCACAGAGCACUUGCAAGCGGGAGUGCGAAGCCGACCUGGAGUGCGAAACCUUUGAGAAGUGCUGUCCCAAUGUCUGUGGGACGAAGAGCUGCGUGGCGGCGCGGUACAUGGAUGUCAAGGGCAAAAAAGGGCCGGUGGGGAUGCCCAAAGAGGCAACCUGCGACCGUUUCAUGUGCAUCCAGCAAGGCUCAGAGUGCGACAUCUGGGAUGGACAACCCGUGUGCAAGUGCAAGGACAGGUGUGAGAAGGAGCCAAGCUUCACCUGUGCCUCCGACGGACUCACCUACUAUAACAAGUGCUACAUGGAUGCAGAAGCUUGCAUCAAAGGCAUUACAUUGAACGUUGUCACCUGCCGAUACCAUCUCACCUGGCCAAACACCAGUCCUAUCCCACCAGAAACAACAGCUCGCCCUACUACUGCCUAUUCAGAGACAACCAUCGUUGAUACCUUGCCACCCGUGCUGGUGAACAAUCCCAGCCACCAGUCAGUCUAUGUGGGAGAGACUGUGAGCUUCCUCUGUGACGUUACAGGGAGACCCAAGCCAGAAAUCACAUGGGAAAAGCAGGUUGAUGGGAAAGAAAAAGUCGUGAUGAAGCCAAAUCAUGUCAGAGGAAAUGUUGUGGUUACCAACAUUGCCCAGCUGGUCAUCUACAACACCCAGCUCCAAGAUGCAGGCAUCUACACCUGCACUGCAAGAAACAGUGGUGGCCUCCUCCGGGCUGACUUCCCCUUGUCAGUCAUCAAAGGAGAAUCCACAUCCAAAGCAGCUUCCCAAAACAAAACACAUUUUCCAACAGAUGAGUGCCUGAAGCAACCGGACAGCGAAGACUGCGGAGAAGAGCAGACCAGGUGGUAUUACGAUGCGAAGAAAAACAACUGCUUUACUUUCAUCUACGGAAACUGCAACAGCAACCUUAACCACUUUGAAACCUAUGAGAACUGUAUGCUAACAUGCAUGAACGGCCCGAUCAACGUUUGCAAUCUGCCAGCCCUCCAAGGUCACUGCAAGGCCUAUGAGCCUAGAUGGGCUUACAACAGCUUGACAAGGCAAUGCCAGUCCUUCAUUUAUGGUGGCUGUGGAGGUAACGAGAACAACUUCGAAAGCAGGGAGGCCUGUGAAGAGAUGUGCCCUUUCCCAAAGAACACGCACUGCAAAGCUUGCAAACCACGGCAGAAGCUGGUGACAAGCUUCUGCAAGAGUGACUUUGUUAUCCUGGGCCGUAUAACAGAACUGACCGAAGACCAAGACUCAGGACAUGCCCUGGUGACAGUGGAGGAGAUUCUCAAAGAUGAAAAAAUGGGAUUAAAAUUCCUGGGGAAGGAACCACUAGAAAUCACGCUUUUAAACAUGGACUGGAGCUGCCCAUGUCCCAACAUGACCACAGUGGAUGGCCAGCUCAUCAUCAUGGGUGAUGUCCACAAUGGCAUGGCUGUCCUACAGCCAGACAGCUUUGUGGGGACCUCCAGCAUCCGGCGCGUACGGAAGCUCCGUGAAGUCAUCCACAAGAAAACGUGUGAGCUUUUGAAAGAGUUCUUAGGAUUACAUUAACUUUCUUCACAUGUGUCAGUCUUCCAGACCCGUGCCUUAGGUAGGGCUAACAACCGCUAGGCUAGUGCACAAACUAAACAACCGAUUUGAAGAUACACUGUAGGAAUUAUGCAGAAUCCUUAUUUUAACCCAUUAAUCAUGCUUAGCAACAAUGUAGUAUGGUCUUUGGCAAGCACGUAAAACAGCAGCAAAAGGCUAUUAAUCUUGCAUUGAAAUAAUUUUUUUCCCAUAUAGGAGUGCCAAUUAGCUAGAUGACUCACUGCAGUAAUUACACAAUUUUUAUGUAGUUUCCAUCAUAAAUGACGGAAUUCGUAGCAUUUGUGUAGCUAAUUGGUACACAGCUAAGUAACAUAUAAUGUCAACUUAAUUUGUCUCAUUUACAGUAUGGAAAUGUUAUGGUAAGUCACGCUCUUGUCUCCUCAUAGCAGCACUAAUAUGCUUGAAGAGAAAAGCCUGUAAAUUAUUGUCUAUAUUUACAACUGUACACAUUCA